UUCGCCAGUCUCACUCGCGGUAGCGCACUCAGUCAGUCCGCAGCUGAAAAUUCUAGCUUCGUCCCUCGUCCUUCCUUUGCAUGUCAAUCAGCGUCCGAAAUGGACAAAAUGGAUUUGCGCAGCCGAAAGCUGAAGAGGGCGAACGAGGCGGCCUCGGGCAGUGCGCCUGACAAGAAGCGGCCGGUGCGCUCGGAGCCCCACGAAGCCGAGGCCCGCCGACCCCGCGGCGACCUCUUGGCCGUCAACAGCGGUGCGCACUGGUGGCGCUCCGCGGUCAUCUAUCAAAUUUACCCGCGCUCUUUCAAAGACACGACGGCAAACGGCAUUGGAGAUAUCAAUGGAAUUCGCUCAAAGCUGCAAUACAUCGCCAGCCUUGGCGUGAAUGCUGUUUGGCUCUCGCCGGUUUUCAAGUCACCGAUGAAAGACUUUGGUUAUGACAUCUCGGACUACAAGGACGUCGACCCUUUAUUUGGAAACCUCAAGGACAUGAAGGCAUUGAUUGAUGAAAUGCACUUUUUAGGGCUCAAACUAAUUCUGGAUCUGGUUCCCAGUCAUUCGAGUGACCAGCAUGAAUGGUUCAUCAAAUCAGUUAAAAAAGAGGAGCCCUAUGCAGAUUACUAUGUGUGGGCCAAGCCGAAGAACGCAACCCAACUGAACAAAGAGGGUGUCAUUCCAGAGCCACCAAAUAAUUGGGUGAGCGUAUUUGGUGGGUCGGCUUGGGAAUACAGUCCGGAGCGGAAGGAGUUUUACUUGCAUCAGUUUGCAAAGGAGCAGCCUGAUUUGAACUUCAGGAAUCCGAGAGUGGUUCACGAAAUGAAGCAAGUUUUGAGAUUUUGGCUACAAAUGGGCGUCGAUGGAUUCAGAAUUGAUGCUGUGCCGCAUUUAUUCGAGGAUCAAGAAUUAAGGGAUGAGCCGCGAUCAGAAAAGGAGGACGCUCAAGAGGGCGAAUACGACUUCUUGGACCACAUUUACACACAUGGCCUUCCAGAAGUUUUUGAGAUCAUGCACGAGUUUCGGAAAGUUAUGGAUGCGUAUGCAGAGAAGACGGAUAAAAUUCCAAGGCUCCUGCUAGCAGAAGUCUAUGAUUCCGUAGAAAACACGAUGAAGUAUUACGGAGAGCACGACCAACCACUAGUUGAUUUCCCAUUCAACUUUCUGUUUGUUGGCGAACUCGACCGGAAUCCCACCGCAGCCCACCUUAAAGAGCUGAUCGACCGUUGGAUGGACGCAUUACCAGCAGGGGCUUGCCCUAACUGGGUGCUCGGAAACCACGACAAGGGAAGGGUGGCCUCCAGAAUCGGGCUUCACUACAUUGACAGUUUAAACAUGGUCACUCUUCUCCUUCCCGGAGUGGCAUUUACUUAUUACGGGGAAGAAAUCGGCAUGGAGGACGUCAACCUGACCUGGGACCAGACAGUCGACCCUGCUGGCCGAAACGCGGGAAUUGACAAUUUUCUCAAGGCCUCCAGAGACCCUGCCAGGAGUCCCAUGCAGUGGAACAUCAAUAAGAAUGCUGGUUUUUCCGAGAGCAUUUCCACUUGGUUGCCAGUGAAUCAGAAUUACUUAAACGGGGUGAAUGUGGAGGACCAAGAGGAUAGACCGUCACAUUUGCAGAUCUACCGAGCCCUUGUGAAGUUGCGCCAGAGCGAGACGUUCUUAAAGGGCGGUUUGCAAACAGAAGUUCUGAAUGAGGGAAAAGUAUUUGCCAUGUCCAGAAUACACGGAGAUUCUGGAAUAUUGGUGGCAGUAAAUUUAUCCAACGAACGCCUCACUGCUAAUCUCACAAAUUUGGAGCAGAUACCUGAGGAUUUGAGCAUUUACUUGAGCACCAAGCAAGAAUUGAAUGCAACUGCCGUAAAAAGUGCAAGCGUCAAGUUAGCACCGCACCAGGCCGAUGUCCUCAUCUUCAAAGUGGAAGUUUGAAAGAGAUUUUUUAAUGCAGUAUUUUACAUUUUUAAUAUUUACUUCAAUUCCAUCAUAAUUGAUUUUGUAAUUGUUUGUUACUGUUUUAAAUAAAUAAAAAGUACGGACGAAACCAGUUCAAUUAUUUUA